GCACUCACCGUGUUUUACCGUUGCUCUAUUCGUAUUUAUACCUUCAACGAGAGCGGACUGUGUUUUUCGGACGCAACGCGCUGCUAUUCUGUUCCGUUGGCGCGUCGUCGCUGCGUUGUUUUGUUUGUUGCGUUGUUUAUUAACUUUUGUGUACUAUAUUUACUACGUUUGCCGUUCCACCUACCUACUCGUACUGUACAUUGUGUAUGAUUUCUGUUCUUUACAUUUUACGCGCCGCUUUUCGACACAUUUCGCCACGCUCGCGGUCCGCUGCUCCAUUUGCCACCUGUACAACACGGGGUGGGGUACAACACCACCUCCCUUGAAACGUUGUCAAUGCCGGCUCACUAAGUUUGUUUGUGUGUGUGUGUUGCAUUUGGUGUAUUUUUUGUGCUGACGUUUAAGUAUCAUAUCUAAUACGUGCAAAAGAGAAGGAAAAAUGUUUCCAUGAGAGUGCAAGAGAGAAUUCCGUUCUUAUCAGCGUAUAUCGCUUAUACGACGAGUGUUACCUUGAGGUGCAAAUAAAGGUAGCAAAACAGCAGCGCGCUACCUCCCUCCCGCACUCCCCAUUCCACUCCCUCUCUUAAGUGCGUGGCCAAAUAUUAAUUGAAAGCAUGUGAAAUUAACAGCAAAAGCUAUAGCCGAACAACCGUUACUAUUCCAAUUAUAUUGCAAGUUACAAGAGAGGGAGGAACAAAAACAAAAUAAUCAAGCGAAACAGCAGAGCAGAGACAAAAAAAAUAACCCCACAACAACAGCAGCAGCAGCAGCAGCAGCACAGCAGGCAGAACGUUUAAGUGAGCAGCGACUGCGCUGCGCAGCAGCAGAGGCAGAGAGGCAGCGAAAAUAGCAUGAAAAUGUCGAAAAACUGUUGAGCCGUCAGCAUGCAAGCGGCGAUGGACACGGCCGCCAUGGCCAUUGCCGUGGGUGUCGGUGGAUCCUCGAGCUCCAGCUCCGGACCGGGGAGCAGCAGCAGCAGCGGAAGCAGCAGCAGCAGUGGCUAUGGCAGUGCCACAACCACGCCCACCACGCCGCUGAGCAGCGGAGGGGGAGGAGGACACUACGAGGCCUCGCCCACAUCGAUGCCGAUGGCGACGAUAGCCACAGUGGCACCGUUCUACAGCGAGGCACUUACCUCCAUGGAUGCACAGCAGCGGCAGCAGCAGCAACAGCAACAGCAGCAGAAUCAAUCGCACUUUUAUCACCAGAACUACGGCUAUGGGAAUACCCUGCCCCUGACCUCGCCUUUGGAUGCGGCUGCCUACAAUGCGUACAGUGGGGCAUACAACGCGUACGGCAGUGGGGCAGCCACAAGCAGCAGCUAUCAGGGAGGGGCACGCUACGAGAAGCUAGCCCCAAGCUCGAGCUCAAAGUACAGCGGAGGAAGUGCAGCCAUCGGCGGAGGAGGAGCAGCAGGAGGGGGAAUGAAGCCCCAGGCUGCAGCCACGCCUUUCUAUGCCCAACCCUUGGCGCAGCCAGGAACCAAUGGAAGCGGAGGAGGAGGAGGAGCAGGAGGCUACAUGAUGAACACGAAUCAUCCCUACGAUCCCUACAAGUACAAGAUGCCCGCCCAAGUGGCACCGCCGCCGCAAGCGCUUCAGCCGAUGGUGCAGCCGUCCAACCAGACGACGGCAUCCGCGGGGCAGCCUCAGUACGGGCAUGGACUGGCCAUGAAUCCCGGCCAGAGGCAGCAGCAGCUGCAACAGCACCAGCAGCAGCAGCAGCAACAACAAUUCUCGCAGUUGGAGGCCAACUUUGCGGCCAUCAAGCCGAGCAGUCGCUACCAGGGCAUACCCCACCAGAGCAUGCCGCCGUCUCAAGUGCCGUACGGCACUCCGCCCGGGGCAGCGUCCUCCUCUGGUGCCCCAGCCACGCCCUACUACGACAAGUACGGAGUCAUGGCCAUGCCUCCCAUGUACCCCUCGAACGGGGGGCUGCCGCCGAUGUACACUCCGCCGGAACUGGCGCCGGAGUCGGCGUACCGCAAGUCGGGAAGCAGCUGCCACUGGAGCGUGGACUACAACGCCGCCAAUUGUCGAUCUCUGCCGCCGGUGGCCCCAGCCCCCAGCAGCUCCUACCAUCAUCCGCAGAGCAAUGAGAUGUAUUACGGCGGCGGAAAGUACGACAAGUACGGGAAUCCUGCAGCGCCGUAUGCCAGCAAUCCUUAUCCCACGACCAUCGCGCAGCCGCCGUACGGAGCACCCGCCGGUCGGAACAUGUGGUCUGUUACGGAGAAUCCAGCCCAGCCCAAUCCCCGCCAGAACUGCUGCUCCCAGGCGGCAUAUCCGCAGCAGAACUGCUACUAUCCAAGGAGCAACGUGCCCCAGCCACCGCCGCCGCAGCAGCAUCAGCAGCAGCAGCAGCAGUACCCGGUAAGCGGGGCCACGAAGCUGAAGCAUCCGAUAACCUCUGACCUCUACGCGCCCUACGACACAGCCCCACCGCCCACGCAGCUGGGAUACGGCUACGGGGCGGGGCAGCAGGUGGGAGGAUCCUCUGCCACGAACAUCAGUCCCAAUCAGAGAUACGUGGCGCCUCCCUUGAACAUGGGAAUGGGAAUGGGGAUGGGGAUGAACAUGGGAAUGGGCAUGGGCAUGGGAAUGGACCCCAGCAUCAGCCUCAGCGGUGGAGGCGGCGGCGGCAGCUACUACAACGAUCUCAAUCUCAAUCUGAACAGCCUGGAGGGCUACGUGCCACAGGUGGUGCCGCAGAUGCCGCCACAGCAAACGCAUCGUGGCCCCUACCAGGAUUACCGCAAGAGAUCAUCCGCUUCUGCGUCGGCAGCGGGGAACUGCUACCUGGGACAGCAGGGAGGAAGUGCGGGACCCCUGAGUGGAGCCCUCACCAAUCUGGAGGCACAUGUGGACAGCUAUGUGGGGUACAAUCACCAUGCCACUGCCUCCAAUUCCCACUUUGGCAUGGAAGCCACAAAGACAUCCCCCCAGACAUGCAACAUUCGCGAUUUUCUGGCCACGUGGAACGACGAUGAGGACGAGGCCGCCGCCGAGCCACAGGCCGCAGCAGUGGCAUUGGUGGCUCCGACUGUGCCACCGAUUCAGGCGGCUACACCGAAUUUUAUGUACGAAUCUCUGCCUCCGAGUGGACCCCAGGCCACCGCUGUGGUGGUGGACCAUCAGGCGGCGGGGAUUAAUCUCCCGGACAUCAUAAUAGACAUUGAAAAGGCCACGAAUGUCGGGGGAGGAAUCGUCCCAUCGGGCGUGGACUCCUUUGGGAGCUUCGAUGUGGAGAAGGAGCUGGAUGAACUGCGCCUGAAGACAGGCGUUUCCUCCGAUCAGUGUCCCGCGGAGAACGACGCCCUGGCGGAGAUUCUACGCGUGGAACAACCUCCUGCCUCUUCUGCUCCAGUGGAACCCCUAGAGCUACCUCUGCCCAGUCCCAUUCUCCAGAGCGUAGCAGGGAUCAUGCAUGCUGCGGAGGAGCCUUCACCCACACUGGACUUUGACACCAACAACAGCUCCAAUUCGAACGAAUCCACCUUCGCCAAGGAGUACGAGACAUUCAUCCACAAGAUCGAGGGCAGUGGAAGCGAAGCGGAGGAGACGAACGCCCAGGACGACAGCGAAUAUCGAGAGCACGCGAAGCGUUUCAAGUUCUACAAGAGGAAGCGCAAGAACACGGAACCACAGGAGCCCCAGAAACAAGAGGUGGAGCAGCAGCAACAGGAGGAGGAACAGAAGGAGGUCGCACCCAGUCCAAAGGCAGUAAAGCUCUCACCCCAGAAGCUGCUCGCACGCCGUCGUCGCAAUCGCAUCAAGAUGCUAAAGAUCCUGGAGUUUGAGAGUCCGAAGCUCAAGUACCGGCACUACUUCAAGGCCCUGAAGCUACUGCGGAGGAGAUACGCCAGCAGCAGGACGCGAGAGCAACACAAGACCCGGAUGCGGCGACAUCUGGCACUCAAAAAAGAGCGUCGCUUGCCGCCCAUUAAGCGGCUGAUCAAGAAAUACGCCGAGGGAUCGGGGAGCUCCGCAACGCAGCUCUACAAUCCCCAGAGCCUCACGGGUCUGAGUGUUUCCGCCUUGAACACGAAGGCUUUUAGGAGCAGCCUGCUGCAGUCCUCGGGCCGGGAGACGGUUAUCAAGAGCGGCUACGGGCUACAGAAGAAGACUGAAGAAGGAAUCGAAACUGAGGAUAGAGAUCUGGGGCCAGAACAGGAGGAGGAGAACACUAUCCAAUCUGUGGAUCUGUUGCCACAUUUCAAGGGCUUCGAUGACAUCGAGAAUACGAAUCUUUCGCCGAAGGCCAAGCUGCGAGUGGAGCCCGAGGAGGCGGAGGAGAAGGUCCUGGCCCAGUCAUCCGUGGCGGAGGUAACCAAAGCCAAGGAGCGGGAGAUUCAGGCCUGGCUAAGGAACAACAGCAUGGAGGAGGAUGUGGUCGAAGUGCCUGUUCCAGAAGAGCCCAAACCAAUCGUUGUCGCGUCUCCAGCUCCAUCCUCCUCUUCCUCGUCAUCAUCUUCGAGUUCGAGCUCGAGCUCUAGUUCCAGCUCCGACGAUGACAAGGAUUCAACGAGCAGCAGCAGCCAAGAGGAGGACUCCUCCUCCACCAGCAGCAGCAGCAGCAGUAGCCCCUCCGUGGCAGAGGCCGCAGAGGUGGCCGAGGAGAGCGACUUCAAUGAGAUGGCCGCGCUGGAGAGAGAGCUCUCUCAAUCGCAGAUCCUGGAGCCAGCAGCGGAACCUGCGGCAGCUAUACUGGAGGACAUGGUCAUGCCUCAGGAGGAACCAAUCUCUUCUGCUGCCCCCAUUCCCGAGGAGGCAUCCAACAAUGAUAUUGCCAAGCUGAAGCAGAUUCUGGAGAGCGAUGGCGAGGAGCAGACCACAGUGCGGAGCCCAUCUCAAUCCCCCAACCCAACCCCAUUGCAAUCCCCGAACCCGCUCCCCUUCACAUCCCCCUCCAAUGACACCUCCUCCAUCGUACCAAAGCUAAGUGACCUUAGUAAAAUUGCCUUAAAUAGUUCCUUAAAAACUAGAGAAUUAGACAUAAGACCAAGCGGGGAUCCAGAGGAAUCCCUGCCCGCCUUUGAGCCGGAUUCAGAGGGAGCCCAGGCAGCGGAUCGAAAGGAAUCCCAGCUGCCCCCAUUUGAGGACAAGUCCCAGACCCCUUUGGAAGCACCCGAGUCCCAGGCUGCUUUUGAGCCGCAUGUGGCAGCAGAAGAGGAAUCCCUGCCCGCCUCUGAGAUGCCGGAAACACCACGUGAACUGAGCGUCGAGGAUGCCCUGGCGGAGAUGUAUCAACAAAUAGGCGUGGCCUCCGACCCUGAGGACUUUGAGGGCGACAAGGAUGCAGACACAGAAGGAAAUCCAAGUGGACCGGACAUGCUGCUGAUCAAUCUGGCGGAGAUCUUUGACACCAGCAGCGAUCUCUAUGUGGUGGAGUGCGACAUGAACGAGAACAUCCUUGAGAUUGUGGCCAGCGAGCAGGAAGAGGAGGCGCAGGAUCGCAGCCAAGAGCAGGCCUUGCAGCUCAUCCAACUGCUGGCCGAGCCACAGCCCGAGCUGAUCCACCACGAGGAGAUCAUCCCAGACAGCCAGACGGAGCUGCGUCAGCGUCGGCGCCAGCUCUUGAAGUAUCUGCAUUUAAAGUAUGCCCAGAGACCGAUCGGUAGGUUCUAUCAUGCCCAGCGGAUUCUCAAGAAGUACAGGCGGAGGAGAGGGCCAGCAGCAGCAGUAGCAGGAGCAAGGAAGCAUCGGGAGUCCAGCUUCUACCAAAGAUAGAGAGAGGAUCACAACAGAUCAGCGAUCACUGAUCGUUUAGCCCUGGAGCCAUUGGGGCGUGACGGAACCAUCAGGCGUGCCUAAAUGGAUACCAAUUUCGAUCCACAAAUACACAUAGAUAGACACACAUAGCAAAAGAUACGUAUGUAUCUAUAGGUAUACAUUUCUAGAAUCUCAAGACUUGGUUUUAUUUUUGGAUUUGAUAAUAGGUGAACAAUUGUAUAAAAUAUUAAUACGCUACUUAUUUACACACAUAACGAUAUAGGGAUAUAGAUACAUAUAGAUAUAUAUAUUUUUUGGAUAUCUGUGCAAUAUUUUACAUGGAAACAAUGUCGUGUUUCAAGUGCAAACUUUUAAUAUUGUAUCUGAAGUGCGCGAAUUCGAAUCUCGAUGUGUUUUUUAGGAUGAGUAAGCAAAGUUAAUCGUCGGGCUUAGAACGAGAGUAUUCGACGGGGGUUCGGUUCUGGGUUCGCGUGCAAUUAACAAGAGAUACAUAUAUGUACGUGUAUCUGAUGUAUGCUAUCGGAUAAUGUAUCAGCAUUUUAGUCGCUCACUGAGGCCCUGAGUGUAGAGCAAUUUUAAAACGCUUUCUGACUAAAGGUCAGACCAGGCCCCAGAUUGGCCCCAGAUUGAGGGCUAUACCCGUACCGUACCUAUCAUGACCAUAAAUGGCUCAACUUGCGUGUUUUGCCAAACAGAACCCGAACCCGAACCUCGCCCCACGAAUACCCCCCACUGAGUUCUGUUUCGGUUUGUUAUUCUGUUAGCCACCAAAUAUAUAUGCAGCCUAGACCAAAAAUAUAGUAAAUGGAAACCAUAAAUCUGUUGGUAAUCGUUUUGAACUGUUAGAUCCUAGCCUUAAAGACUUGUUUUGUUUUAGAGCAAUUGUUUGUCGGGUUCCUAGAGGAAUUUCUGCGAGGAUCGUUAAGCCUACACCUAAAACACUUUUACACACACACACACACACAUUUUUAUUAGCCAGCAGCUCCAGAUGUGGAGUGGCAUGUGCAUAAGUCCCCAAACCAGAAGCAUCUUGAACUGCAACGAAUCUGGCGGAACAAUCGCAUUCGGAAUGGUUGUUUACAUAAGAUGCGGAUGCAGAAAGCACUCCUCAAGGGCAUUGUUGCAUGCGUAUCAAAGGUAGACAGACAAAUCGACCGAGAGAAGCUGCUGCAUGGCACGUAUAGCACGCGGGAAGGCAUGAAAGCCUGCAGUCUUUUUAGUGAUAUCGCUUGAAUCUUUUUUAUAUGGGUUCUUGACUCUUUUAGUUCAGUUAAGUUAUAAUUUCCCUCGGUCAUUAUUCCUGCAUGUACGCGACCAGUUGGGAUAUACGUGUAUCGCGUCAUGCGGCAGCGCCCUUCGGUUCUGAAAAACAUUGAAUGCUGCUGGCGUUAGGCUUAGGACCUCCACCACUUUCCAUCUAUCUAUUUAUCUAUUGAAAAGUAAUCCACCUAGAUGUCUUUAUCUCUCUCUUGUAACACAUUCCAAAGGACCAAAACUAUACACCACUUAUACAAAAUACACUAAUAAAUAAAUAAAUCUUAUAUCUAGCCUCAUCUUAAGUGCAAUCUAGAAACUUUUAAUAUACAUAAAAUACAUAUACAUAUUUCGAAAUGUAUUUUAUUCGUUUUAAAUAAUACCUACGCUUAAUUUUAGUACAAAACAAAGCAAAAUCAAAUGCAAAUUGCAAAUGCUAGCCCACUAAAUGUUAUAUUAAUAAUAAUGCUAUUUAUUAUGGAAUAAAAUUGUACAUAAUCGAUCUACAUAGAUGUCCACCCUUUGCCACACUUCACACACACAAACACAGUCCCUUACACUUGCUAUAACUCUGGAUAUAUAGUAUAUCUGUCUAUCUGAAAGGUUUGGCGAUUUACUUUAGCCUUAAGAUUUGUGACUUUAUAAAUGUGAGUGUCUUUGAGCAAAAACAAAAACAAAAGGAAAUACGAUAAAUGAUAUACGAAAAAUCCUAAAAAGAGAAAUAAAUGUUUUAUGUAAAUGUUAA